GUUCUGAGGGAAAAAAUAAUGAUAUUUUUUAAUGUGUGGGAUGUGUGUGUUUUAUUAGCAUUGACAAUCAUCCCAGGCUCUCUAACGUGUAGCCUUCGUCUGGUUAAUCGCUGCUAUAUUGAACCUCUACGAUUUUUUCUGGAGCCGAAGGUUGCCGUUAGCUUUCAGUAGCACUGUGGUUCAAAUGUUCGCCGUCAUGGAGCUUAAACAGCUAACAUCAGAUGAUCAGUGUUCAUGAUGGUGAAAGUUGAUGGUUUUUAAACAAGUCCACACCUUGUGACAGACGGUGCGUGGAAGCAAACACCCACUGUGGACACUUCCUCUCAGCCUUGUUUAGCUGAGGACCAAAGGACGGUGGACAGCUGGUUGCAAACAAGGAUUGUGAAAAAGAGAUUUCCAAGUGGAGUGAGUAUGUCUGAGAUGAUGAAGGUAGAAGCAGACGACUCCGAUGGACUCAGUGUGGCGCCCCCCCUUCCUCCGCCACCCGCAGCAGAACUGAAGCAGACUCAAAAUAGCAAAGAUCUCAUCCAUCAGAUGUUGGUGAUCAAAGAAGAGGUUUUACUUGACUGCAGUUCGAUUUUGGAUCCAGACGCCCCGCUGCAGAAGGAGGAACUCUGCAUCAAACUUGAAGGAGAGCACUUCAAUAUGAAGACUGAAGACGAGGAGAAACCUCGGUUAUCAGAGCUUUAUCACAUCAAAACUGAAGACAACAUAGAGUCAGAAGCUCAAACCAGCACGAUUGGAGUGCAGAUAAAAACAGACCCUGAUGGAAGGGAAUGUGGAGGAUCCGAACUAGACAGGAACCCUGAUCCAGUAUGUUCCUCUCUGGAAAGUAAGAUGACGGAUAAUAGGAAGAGUAAAAUAUCAAAACUGCGAUCCAAACUUACAACUAAGGUCGAAGUUAAUGUGGUAGAGAAGCCAUUAGGUUGUAAUGUUUGUGGUAAAAGACUCAGACACAAGACUCAUGUUAAAUUGCACAUGAUGAUUCACAGCGGAAAGAGAGAGCAUAAAUCAGAUGUUUGCUCUAAAGUUUAUAGAGAAAAGCCUUCUCCCCAGAUCCACAAGAGAGUCCGCAGUGGUGAUAAAACUUUUGCCUGUGAAGAUUGUGGUAGAAAGUUUCAUGCAAAGAAAUUGUUUCAGCAGCACCUGAAGGUCCAUUCAGAAGAAAAACCUUUUUCUUGUGAUGUCUGUGGAACAAAAUUCAAAAGGAAGGAGACGCUUAAAAACCACACAAGGAUUCACACUGCAGAAAAGCCAUUUGUCUGUAGUGUUUGUAGUAAAGGAUUUUCACAACAGAUUCAUCUGAAGUGUCACAUGCGUGUUCACACGGGGGAGAAACCAUUUAUUUGCAGCUUUUGCAGCAAGGGGUUUGCAUUACAAGAGAAUCUAAAGAGACACAUCCGUGUUCACACCGGGGAGAAAAUGUUUGUUUGUAGUUUUUGUAGUAAAGGUUUUUCACUGCAACAGAACCUGAAGAGUCACAUGCAUGUUCACACAGGGGAGAAGCCAUUCAUCUGCAGUCUUUGUAGUAAAGGAUUUUAUCAACAUGGGGUUCUGAAGAGACAUAUGCGAGUUCACACAGGAGAAAAACCGUACAUCUGCAGUGUUUGCAGUAAAGGAUUUUCACUACAAGAAAACCUGAAGAGACACAUGCAUGUUCACACCCCAGUGAAACUAUUUAUCUGUAGUGUGUGUAGUAAAGGGUUUUCACAGCAGGAUACUUUAAAGAGGCACAUGUGCGUUCACACGGGAGAGAAACCAUUUAUUUGUAGCUUUUGCAAUAAAGGGUUUUCGCAACAACAUCAUCUAAAAAAACACAUGGAUGUUCACACUGCGCCGUUCAGCUGUAGCGACUGUGGUAAACAUUUCGUGAAGGAAAUCCAGUUAGAGCGACACGUAAGAGUCCACACAGAAGAGAGGCCGUUUGGGUGCGAUGUUUGUAAAACCAGAUUUAUUCAGAAAUGCCAUCUUGACAACCACAUGAGAGUCCAUUCGGGUGAGAAACCAUUUGUUUGCAGCGUUUGUGCUAAAGCAUUUUCCCAACAAGAUCGCCUAAAGAGACACAUGCGUGUUCACACUUGUGAAAAACCUUUUGUUUGUAAUGUUUGCAGCAAAGCUUUUUCACAACAAGGGAAUCUAAAGAGACACAUGAGUACGCAUGACAGCUGUAUGUAAUGAAAACUAUAAGUGUGAGUGGAUUAUUCUUCGGUCCUGACAGCAAAAGUAUAGGCCCAAGUAAAGCUG